GCAAUAAGUUAUUGUCUGGAGAUAUUGUGAGGACUCGACGAAGGUCAAUCACGGGGCGCUUCUUGCCAGAUUUUAUGUCGAGGCCAAGGACUCUCCCAGUCAACCAACAACCUCCACCGCGUGGCCGUGCGGGGAAUCCUUCGCUGACGUUAAACAGCAUUCUUAUGCGACCUCAAUCUCCCAGCAGCUGGCUUCCGCGCAUGUUUAUUGACAGCUCACCUUCUGCUCUCCAUCGAGUUUUGUCCCCUGUCUCUUGGUUCACGUGUACGGGUGACUGUCGGAAGAUGAAACAAGAAGAGCACGAAGCAGCGCAUGUAGUUUCAUUGUCGGCGUGUCGUGAUAAUGAAUAUGCGUAUGAUGAUAAUGAGACUCAUGGCACAGUGACUAAGUUUUUCAUUGAAUGCGUAUCACAAGAUCCUAAGACAUCGCUGUUCGCCUUGCUCACACACAUCAAGGGUCGUGUGGAUCAAUUAAACGAGAAACGGCAGCUGGAGCUCAGGAUUGCCAAGCGUUGCGCCACCGAUGUCGAUAAUAGGAUGACUCGAGAGAAGACAAGGCCAAUCAACCGACGCAAUACGGAGGUAGUCAUCCAUGACUUGGAUGAGUACAUGAAUUGUCAGAAAGCUCGCUGCACAUCAAAAGCGAGAGCCGAUUGGCAGAACCCAGGGUACGCUAGCCAUUACCCAUUAGACAUGAAUCAGACUGUCGACACUAUCUUCUGAGAAUUUAUGAUUUCUUGAUUUAUUCUGUAAUUGAUUUACUUCUGUAUAGUUUGAUUGACCUGCAUUGACAAUUUAUUCAACCCGAGUUGUACUUAUGUUGUAUUUGCAUUCCCUACGGCAUUGGCUUGCUAUGAUUGGUAACACGUAUUGUAUGAUUGGUGUUCCUACCCAGAUAAUAAUAACCACCCGCUUUCGUACACUA